AUGUUUAAAAGAAAAAAGCUGUCUAAAGUGCCUGUGUUUGUGUGCCGUAGGCCAGGAUCAUGACCAAGCCUUCUCUAAGGUGGUGGUGGAGCUGCGUAAGAGGUAUCCGGGCCACAUCCUGCCUGACGAGGACCUGCAGUGGGUGUUCGUGAACGCCGGCGGGUGGAUGGGCUCCAUGUGUCUCCUGCACGCCUCUCUCACAGAGUACGUGCUGCUCUUCGGGACUGCAGUGGACACGGGUGGACAUUCAGGUCGUUACUGGGCAGAAAUAUCAGACACGAUCAUAUCUGGAAUGUUCAGGCAAUGGAAAGAAGGAACGACUAAAAGCGAGACUUACUAUCCAGGUGACACUAUCGUGCAUGCGGUGGGAGAGGCGACCUCGGUGCAGUGGAGCGCUGGGACGUGGAUGGUGGAGUACGGGCGCGGGUUCAUUCCCUCCACGCUGGGAUUCGCUUUGGCCGACACCGUCUUCAGCACACAGGACUUUCUGACACUAUUUUAUACAGUUCGUGUUUACGUGAAGGGCAUGAUCCUGGAGGCGAGCACUUUCCUAACCGAGGCCAGCGUCCUUUGAAAACCACACCGCGCUGUACAGUACGUCCCGUCCCUUCGUUAUUCGGAUAAUCGAUCGCAGCGUCGGGUCAGAACCGACGUCGUGUUGAAUUGGAUGUAUGGAAAGAACGCACUUAAUGUAAUUAUUUUCCAACUAUGAAAGUUUUUAUUUUCCAUACUGUAUAAAGAGUUUAUCAAAUGUCUUUUCCAAAACAUAUUG